CCCGGAUCUCACCGACGACGGUGUUCGUGCAGCACAGAGCGAUGCAGCAGCAGGAAAGUCAUUGUUCCCAGAAGACCUGAAGAAACCUAAGGUGUGGCCCAUUCGCGAACUUAUGUUUGAGCAGGUUACGAAGCAAAAGAAGAAGACGCGGG